GUCAGCGUAGCCGCGUCGGUUAAGGAUAGAUCUGAGAAAGGCGCGUCGUCUCGCCUAGUCAAUGAAUAUUUCCUCCAAAACAUUCCACUUUCUACCACGCAAGUCAACAACACGCCUUCUGAACCACCGCGAGGUCCUAGGACAAUCUUCGCUCUCCUACUCAUAGGUCCAGAGAGUGUUAGAUAUCGUGCAGCACAACUGAUUUUGAGCACAGUCUCAGCAAUGGAUCAUAACGGCAACAAAGAACAUGGUUUGGCAACGAACAGUGUGGAGACGAGCCUGAUUGACGAACCUACACAGAGUAUGGAGAGAAUAGAGGCGCCUGAAGUAAAGCUAUUGGGAACAGACUUGGACGAUGAGCUUAUGAAAGAAGGGCCACGAGCAACUGUUGUCAAUAGUUCUCGACCCUCUGCCAGGGGGCAAUCAAACACCUCAUCUUUCGACGAAUUCAAGGUUUCUGCUGGAGGAGCCUCUAACUCGGGCACACCGCUUCCUACCAAUGACAAUCAAGGGCUAGUAUCCAUGCCUAGCGCAGACUACGAUAUGAGCAGUGAGUUCACCCGUACAUCCCUGCUGCAAGCAAAACUGACCGAGGGCACCCUAGCAGGUACAGUUACAAGAGACAGCCAGCCAUAUCCCGCUAUACAAGAUGACGACCCAAAUCAGACCUCCUUGGCCUCGUAUAGUCAGGAUUCUGAUCUCCAAAUCUCUAACGUUCUAGAUCGCUCUGUCAGGCACUUGCUUCUCCACCCGUCACCACAGAGACAACCAAGUGGAUUCUGGGACCCUUCUGUAGCAUUGUCAGGACUUUCUUUGCUGCCGUCGUCUUUAUCGCCAACCGCGGCAAACCCUACCAAUGCGUACGACAGGUUCAGUCCCUUUAACCGUCUCCCUUACGAGAUUCGACUAGCUAUUUGGAAACUCAGUCUCGACAUGAGCCCGCGAAACGUCAAAGUUCACUACGAUCAGGUAGUUGGAAAGUUCAACAACUUGACUCGAGCGCCGGCCAACCUCCACGUCUGCCAAGAAUCUCGGAAUCUUGCUCUGAACAUCUGGAAGCCUGAAUUCGAGACCCCGGGUCAUCCUGCUGGUGUUCCCCUCAACAUGGAAACUGAUACCGUACGAUUAAACUGGGAACCUUUCCAUCUUGGUAUUCUCACCUCACUUACUCUUCCAAAAAUUCGAUUUUUGGAGCUACGAGCAAGCGAUUUAUCGCGAAGAGAUGUAGCCAGGACAGCCACUGUAUUAAUUGGCCUCACGUCUGUUGAAACCAUUACCAUUCUCUCGCAUCCUCUUCAGCCAAUGAUACCCUUUCCCACGGUAACUUUCGCAUAUCUCGGACGACUCCAUCUUCUGGGGUCCCGCGACCCCACCGCGAGAUAUCAGGAGUCCUAUAUCCUGUAUUAUAUGCUCAAUGCGUAUUUCUUUGCCCAUCGAUUCGCUAACCCUGGGCUGCCAAUACCGGCUCUGAUGUUCGCCGUGGCAAGGUAGAUGGGUCACAGGCAGACUAAACCGUGGUAUUGAAGGACACUAAACACGGGAAAUUAACUUCGUCGCAAGUUCAGAAGUUAUGGAUACAAAUCAAGGCGGGUUCAUGAUAACAGACACAAUGGAGGACAUGUUGCUUUGGGGGCUGGAUGAGAGCAUGGAUAAGAAAUGGGGAAGCCUAUGCCUUUGCAUCGGUAGCUGUAGGAUGUAUCGUGGUGGUGGUCUCAAGCGUUUUUCUUUGGCAAUCAAAACAUAAAAAAAAAUUGAAAAUCUGUACGAGU